CGUACCUACGAGUGUCGACCGUAGCGAGACUCAGUCGUGAAAAAUUAUCUGUCAAGUUUGGACGUGCGGUUUCAUAGAUAUCAAAAAAUGAAGUUUCUAAUUUUUGUGAUAAGUUUAUUUACCGUCGUGGCAAGAUCUCGGCAAAGCCUUGCGGAUAUAGAAGCAUGCGCUUCUCAAUAUGGAGUCGAAAACGUUACGAGGAUUCCAGAUAACGAUAGACCGUUCAAACAGAGAGAUCCAGACUAUGAAUGCCUUCGUGCUUGUUUAUGGAGGAAGCAAGGAAUAAUGAAAAACGGAAAAUUCGAUCUCGAUAAGGCAUUCAACUAUUUCAAAAAGACUACAAGAUUUCCUUUGACAGUCUUUAAAGAAAAACUAAGCGUCUGUGUUGAGAAAGGAAAUCAAGAAAAAAACGAGUGCGGUGUAACAAGAGUAUACGUCGAUUGCAUGAACGGUAGUCCGAAAGCACGGAAGUGAAGAUAAAACAAGGUCUUCCAAUAAAUAUGUAAUGCCAUUCAUUUAAUAAACGUAUAAUUAUUUACCUUA